AUGGAACAUCAAAGCAACUUCACCUUCAACGACUUGGUUGCUGCCCGGUGUGGGAAGGGGCGUUUUAAAAUGACCCCGAAAGACAUUCCCCAUCUGAUGAUGCAGGAGGUUAAUGGAGGCGACUUCUUCAAGAAGCUCUUCAUGUUCUUGUUGGAAAAUGCGUUGAUAGAGACCCCGGCUGACGGCCAUUGCAAACCGAAGAUUCUUAAUUUCGUAGACGAUGUGGACGAUAUAAAGAACCUAAACUGGUGUGGUUACGUCCUGUCUGUGCUUGAGGCGACUUUCCCUACCUGGGCAAACCGUCAGAGUGUGAACUUUAGCGGUCCAAUCUAUUUUUUGGUGGGGGCAUAUGUCGAUCGUGUCAUUUAUUGCCGGAGAAGGGUGAUCCGUUCUUGGCCAACGAUCAAUGGUUGGACAACAGAGGCUUUGAAGCAACGGGCUGAAGUGGAACAUGGCCAAUACGAUCUGAUUUUUUUCCCGAUAUGGGGUGCUGCGUUGAAAUAUGUCAUAUGUUUUGAUUUGCCAGACGGGAAAAUGAAUAUCAUUGAACACAGUUUGGCAGAACCGCACGCUUCCUUUGAAGCCAAGUACGGCAAGACACCAUCUCUUUUGAAAAAGUUCUUUGCUGAUGCACUAACGAGGUGCAAAGUCCCUAAGAUGGCAUCCCAGGUCCGACAGUGCAGAACAAACUUGGUAGCCAUGCCUUGGAGGAACAAUAACGUCAUUGAUGAGGGAGGGAUCUAUGUGAUGCGGCACAUGGAAACCUACUUUGGAGAAAGGGAAAAGGACUGGGAAUGUGGCCUCAGUGCGAGUGGAACUAAAAGCGUGGAGAUGUUCCGCAUCAAGUAUGCAAGAACCCUCCUGACCUGUAUGUACAACACAAGAGGUGGUGAAAACCAAAAGAAGGCGACGCGUCUUUGGAAAGAGAAGCCAAAAAAAUUCAGCUUUGAGAAUUGGGUGGCCCUAUACGGUCUUGAUUGAGUGAUGUGUGGUAUGCAUUAUAGAACUGUUGGUGGGAGAAGCAAUGGAAUCGUUUAACCAAACUUUAGAAUUUUAUCCUUAACAAGCAUUUUGUAAAGUACAGUUCUUCGAAUGUCUAUUAGUAUGGAUUUUUGGACACAAAGGGAUGUGCCAUUGUUUUGUGUUUUUAUAUCUUGAAC